AAAAACUUUAAAAUAUCUUUAAAAACGUCAAUAAAAGUAUCUUUCCAAGCUAAAAAAUGAUUUACAACACAGAAUUUGAAAAUUUGAUAAUACAUGCAUGAAGAACAAGUCCUAAGAGGAUAUAACACCAAAACUACAGUCAAGAUGCCUAGCAACAGGAAAAAUGGAAAGUUUGGCUGCGAAAAAUGUGGCAAAAUUUUUAAAGAUUACUAUACCCGUGGAAAGCACCAAAUGUGUCAUAGGCCCGAUAUAACUGGAUUUGACUGUGUGUACUGUCACAAUAUUUUUGACACCAAGGAAGAAAUUGAAGAACAUAUGCCUACACACGCUAGACCACCAUUUAAAUGCUUAACAUGCAAAGUGGUGUUUUACAAACUCAAUACAUUUUCCAAGCAUAAUGAACAAUGUGGUAAAGACAAACAAAAUGAUGAUAACCCAUCUUUGAAAAGUAAAAUGAUUGAUCUUCCUGAAGCGAAUUCAAACACUAUCAAGGUAUCUAAUAAAAAUUCCAAAACAGAUUCAUCUAUCAACAAUGACAAUGACAACUCUAAAGAUUCCAUUGAUAAUGAUAUACAUUCAUUUGAUGACAAGAAAUGUUCCACCAUUGAAAAUACCAAACAUUCCAUUGAUAGAGAGAGACAUUCUGAUGAGAAAAACAAUCACUCUAUUGAUAAGACCAAAGACCACAAUGAACAUAUGACCGGUGAAUGUAAAAGUGAUGAUCCUGAUGAACAAACCACUGCUCCAAUUAACAACAACGAUACCAUUGCUGUUUCUUCCACCUAUGUCUCUACUCAAGAAGAUGACCUUGAAGUACAUGAUGAAGAUGAUGGACUCAGAAAUGUGUGCAAUGUUCCAUAUUUAGAUGAGGUAGAAGGAAUUUAUAUCAUACCAGAACAACACCCAACCACAAAUGACUUUAAAGGGAUAAGUAACAUGGCUGCUAUUGAAGAUAACCCAAUUAACACAACAGUUUGCACAAAACCUAACAAUAGCAAAGGAGACAUAUCAAGUGAAACUGAUGACAGUAUCACACAUGUCCUUCAAUCAAACAAUGCUGUAAAUGAAGUGAGUAAUAAUGAACACGCAGCUAAGAAAACUAAUAAAACCAUAAAAAAGUCAUUGACCAAGAAAACUUGUGAUACCAUGAAUGAGCCCAUAGUCAAUAUUGCUUAUGAGUCCACACAUAAGCCUAGAGAUAUGAAUAAAACAACACUUAAGUUAACCUCAAGGCAAACCAACAAUGAGAAUAAAAAACAUUACCAAGUCAAUAAUAAUACUGAAACAUUUAACCAAAAUGAAAAUGAUCAAAAUAGUGCCACCAAAAGUAGGAAGGAUGUGGACUGUUUCAGAUGUCCUUGCUCUAAUAAAGUGUUCCCUAACCGUGAUGCCCUCUUGGUUCAUGUGGCACACACUCACUGGCAGCACACACAGACUGAGAACCUCUUCAGGUGUUACUUUUGUUCUAAAGUUUGUCGCUCUGAACCCUUUUUGACGAAACACAUCAAAGAAAAGCAUAGUGACAAGAAGAUAAGGUAUAUGUGUCCUUUAUGUAGUGCCACUUUCCCAGAAUGUGAACAACUUAGAAAGCAUUCUGACCUUCAUAUUGCACCAAUCAGCAAAAGACCCAUUGAUGUUAUUGGCCAUCCAAUAAAUGAAGAACUUCCCAACAAGAGAGAUGACAAUGGAACCAAAGAUGACCAAAUAAGGAAUCUUACACCAGAGUCUGUAGAUCAAAUGUUAAAGACAACAAGCUCUACUUCAACACCACUUGUGGUUAGCAGAACUGGUGCCCAACUGACAAGGU